UGCUUAGUAUAGAUGAGCAUCAUAAGGAGACACUCAUGAGGAUGACAGGUGAGAAUGGAGAUACAGCCCUGCACAAGGCCGUGCGGAGCUGACAUCAAGAUGUAGCCAGACUGUUGGUGAAAGAAGAUCCUGAAUUCGAAUUUCCAUCCAACAAGGCUUGGGAGACACCGCUGUAUCUGGAAGCUGAGUCUGGUCUUCUUGAAGCUUUGGGUGGAAUCUUGAAUUCAUGCAAGCAACCAACUUCUUCUGCAGGUCCCAUUAAAUCGAACACCUCUGCAUGCAGCAGUAAUUCAGGAACACACGGGAAUGUACUAUAUUGACAUCUCUUUUCGAUUUUUGUUACUAUCUGUUGUUUCAUGUACUUCGACUAUUGCAUUAUUUUGUUGUAGUACUGUUCUGUUUUGGACUGUUUUUUCUUGAGCUGAGAGUCCAUCGGAAACAGCCUCUCUCUGCCUCUGAGGUAGUGGUAAGGUCUGCAUACACUCUACCCUUCCCCAGACCCACUUAGAGACUACAUUGGGGAGUCUAAAUUUGUGUUGAUUUAACUCCUUAUCAUCAUCAUAUUUGACACAUGCAUCCAGAUUGCUGAUGCAAUGGAAUAAAUCUGUGUGAGGAACCUAAUGUGGGGGGUUGGAAUUCGCUGCACUUUGCUGCUCUUUUAGGAUUGAAAGAAGUAGUUUCCGAUAUGCUGGGGUGGAAAAGAUCCUUAGCCUACCUUACAGCAGGCAGUGAAAAUGACUGGACGACAGCAAUUCACAUUGCAGCUGGCGCAGGUAAGGUAGAUGUUUUACAUGAGCUACUAAAUCACUGCCCUGAUUUCUGGGAAAUGCUCGACAGCAAUGGCCGAAAUGCUCUUCACGAAGCCAUAUUCUGCAGUCAAGGAAAUGUGGUCAGUUACUUACUGAAGUCCAGAAAGUGGGAUAAGCUUAUCGAGGAUCCAGACAACGAUGGCAACACUCCUCUCCAUUUGCUUUCUUCCUCUAAUUUCUGGGGCUACAUGCCAUUGGAAUUAAAAUAUCAUCCCCGAGCAAAGAAGAUGUUAUAUAACAAGGAAAACAAGACUCCGUUUGAAGUAGCAGUGUCUCGCAAAGAGUGGAUGGCAGACAAGGAUAGAAUCGCUCCCAGCUUGUUUCGCGAUUUCUUAAAUUCCAUGGCUCAGUUGGGACGACGUUCACCCAGGCUGAACCAGAUAGAUCGGCAGAAGAUAAUUUUCAAUCAAGCUAAGGAACGUGACAUAAACAUCAAAGGUAUCUUGUCAGCAGCUCAAAUGCAACUAGUUGUAGCUACUUUAUUAGUCACAGUCACUUUUGCAGCUGGUUUUACAUUACCGGGAGGUUUUGAAAGCGAUGACAAUAGCCCUAAUAAGGGGAUGGUAAUUCUAAUAAGAAAAUCAGCAUUUCGUGCAUUUGUUAUAACGGAUGCCAUCGCCUUUGCAUGCUCCGCUGGUGCUAUAUUCAGCUACUUCUAUAUGGCGAUAAAUUCUCGUCCGAUGUCCUAUCAGGAUUUGGGUUAUUUGUGGUCUCUCGGUAAAGUUGGAGCUAAGUCGCAGCUCGUGGCAAUGUCAGCAGUUGUAAUUGCAUUUGUAACUGGUACGUAUGCUACUUUAGCACAUUCACUUGGUCUCGCAGUUACUUUCUGUGCCAUCGGUUGCAUCUCUUUCAUUAUGUACGUGUGGGCAGUGCUGAGGACAGUAUGCUGGAUACGUUUAGCAAAAAAGUAACAUAUACGUACAAAAAGUAUUUUUGACGUAUAUACUUCUUGUUACUUUCUGUAUACAUAAUAUAAACUUUCGACAAAGGAUGCUCAACUGACCACCCUUUACUGAGUGUGGGUCAUGUAUCUUCUUGAAACAGAAGUGUAGAGAGUGUCAAGUCCACCUUCUACACCUCGACUAAUUCCAUGAGGUAUUUGCUAUCUAACCCCUCCCCCUCCCAAUCCCCCAACCCCAACACAUGUACCGUGUAACUCUCAACUGAUUGGAAGAAAUCACUUAAGUGUUUUUGCCUUUGCCGGGACA